GUAAUAGUUUUUAAUCAACAUUGAAAAAGUCACGUUCAUUCAAGUUUAAAAUAAAACGGUCCACGACAAGGCGAUAAAAUAAUCGUAAAAGCAAGUCACCUCUAUCCUCGUCUAAAAAUAGUAGUGCAAUUGUCUUACAGCCGUCGCAAAAAUAUCACGACAAUUUUGUCGCCUCCGCUCCCGUAUGAGCGGAUGUGCGAUUACAGUCGGGCUGUGAAUGGUAGUCGUUAUUGACAAUCGUGUAACAAUGCGUUUGUUCGUUCUCCGAUCCGUACCUUGCCCUACAAAUUGAGAUUUACAUUCAUUAUUGAGACUUAGUCGCGUCGCGUCGCUGUGAAAAGGACGCCUUAUUUGUGUAUUUUACGUUUGAAGUGUUUUUGUGUUGAAUAAAAUGUUCAUUUAAAUUGAAAUCGAAAUAAAAUAGUGUCGUGUAUCAGUUAAUAAUAGAAAGCCAUUAUGAAAUUGAAAAAAUAAUAAUAACUUUUCAAAACAAAGAUUUAAUAAGAAAAUUAUUUUUUAUUUUUAUAAUUAAAUUUGUUAAAUAAAAGAUCAUCAUGACGUCAGAGGAAAAAGUGGCGAGGACUCAUUUGGACGAUGUGUUGAAACAGUUUGGUAUGUUUGGGCGGUACCAUUCUAAACUAAUAUUGCUCAUCGGCUUGGCCUAUGCAUCGAAUGCUGCCUUUUGCGCUAAUUACAUUUUUGCGGCCGAACAUGUUGAAUAUAGGUGUAAAGAUGAAACGUUUGCUAUCAACAAGUGCGGGUCUAUCAACGGUACGAGGUGCACUGAGUGGGUGUAUGAGAAAGAAGACAGUUUUAUGGCAGAAUUUGAUUUAGCGUGUCAAGACUGGAAGAGGACUCUAGUGGGGACCAUUCGCAGCGUUGCUUACAUGUUUGGCCUACUUUUUGUGGGUCCUCUAUCUGACAGGAUAGGCAGAAAAAAGGCUAUAGUACUAACAGGCAUGACUGGAGGUGUACUUGGCAUUGCCAAGAGUUUCGCGCCUAACUACGCAUGGUACAUGGUAUUGGAGUUCCUGGAGUCUGCCUUCGGAGAUUCUUGUUCACCAGUCUAUAUAUUAAAUGUCGAAAUUGUAACAACAAAGAAACGCGUACCGUUUUACGUGAUCUGUGGUAUAGGAUAUGCUAUAGGAGGCGUUAUACAAGCUUUGAUAGCCUGGCAGGUUCAGGACUGGAGGAACUUCCUAAGAGUGCUAUAUGCACCAGCUCUACUUUUCUUCCUCUACUUGUACCUUUUAGAUGAAAGCCCCAGGUGGCUGCUAACGAAGGGCAGGAAGAAUGAAGCAGCGGCUAUCAUUAGAAAGAUGGCGAAGACAAACAAGAUUAAAGUUGACGAGAAGACGCUUGAUGGUUUGGUUCGUGAUACAGAUGGAGACAACGACUUAGGCUUCAAAAGCGUAUUAAAGAGUACCUUUACAUCAAUAACUCUGUUCAGAAGAUUCAUAGUAUGUGUUAUUUGGUGGAUAACUUCAACCUUCGUCAACUACGGCUUGACGAUAGCAUCGGUAACUCUUCAAGGGAACAGAUAUUUGAAUUUUGCUAUAGUAUCCGUGGUAGACCUUCCUGGAUACUUCAUGGUGAUGUAUAUUCUGAUGAACUACAGGAGAAAGAUUCCGUUGAUAAUAACGUUCUUGAUUGGUGGCGUGUUUUGUGUGGGACAACCUUUUUUGCCGUUACAUCUAGCAUGGUUAUCAAUAACAAUGUUCAUGAUCGGCAAGUUGAUGGCGUCCAUGUUCUUUAUGAUGACGUACAUGUACACGUCAGAGCUGUUCCCCACGUACACGAGGAACUCCAUGCACGCGCUGUGCUCGUCUUUAGGCAGGAUCGGGUCCAUAGCCGCGCCGCAGAUGCCUUUAUUGGCAGCAUACUGGAAUGGUCUUCCAGCUUUGAUAUUUGGUAUCACGUCGCUAAUAGCUGGUCUAGCCACGUUCAUGGUUCCUGAUACUGCGAACGAUGCCCUACCUGAUACAGUCAAAGAGGCUGAAGCAUUAGGACAGGAGAAACCGAAAGCAAUUACUAACGCACCCGAAGACAAAAGUGGAGUGAGAAAUAGAAGUUUUGAGUGGACGGAAUGAGGGCCUCUGUAAUUGUUUAGUAAAAAUAUAUUUCUGUUAACAUAUGUGAUAAAAUAGUACAAAAAUAAAACUGUUUGAGUUAUA